AUGUCGACGACAAUCUCUAAGCGUAAGCGGGCGAUGAAGGCAUGCAUCCCAUGUCAUCAGCGCAAGCGAAAAUGCGACACCGUGUAUCCUUGUGGCAUGUGCACCACCUACGGAUACAACUGCAGAUACACCGACGGCAAUAUUGAUGCUAAUAUUGGCGGAGGCGAGCCAAUUAUUCAACCUCCAACGAAGCGAGUCAAUCUGGACGGUGAAAGUCGUCUGGCGAGUCGGGCAGCCACAGACCCGACGCCGAGUAGUCGAUCUCAUGCGGAGCGAGACUGCAUCGAUGACAAUGCCUCUUCAGCCAAGAGUCUCACGGUCGCGACGGGCACGUCCCCGGGAAUUCUUGAUGAACAGAAACUCAGAUACUCCGGGGCAUCGGCGGCGAUGUCAUUCCCGCACAUCCUGGGCGUUGCUCUCGGCUCUGAAAAUCCUCCGAAGACACGAUCAUUCGCUUACAACUUCGGCAUCCGCCCAGAAGAGGCAUCAAAUCCGCACUGCUUCCUAGGAGAUAUCAUCUCAGAUGAAGAUCUCAGCCUUUUCUCGGGUGCGUUUUUCUUGGUAUUAAGUCCCAUCGGCGAUGUGAUUGAUCCAAGGAUCUACGCCCAGCGGUGUCGGGAUUACUAUAACAGGACGGGUAACAACGCGGUCGCAUUUGCCGCUGUAGCCGCUGGCGUGGCUGCUCUUGGAUCGUUCCUAUCCCCCAUCAGACAUCCACGGGAAUCUGAUCUGGUGCAAUAUGCCAAAGCCAUCCUCGAUGAUCCCGCCUCCAUGCGUUUGCAUGGGAUCGACCAUAUCGUUGCAUGGGGCAUGCGGGUAUUUUAUCUUCGGGCAACAACGCGACCCAGCAAUGCAUGGAUCGCUUCAUGCACGCAGAUGCACCUAUGCGAAGCCAUCGGGUUACACGAAGAAGACAAUAUCAAGAAGAUAGCGUCGAUCGCUGGUUCCGCUAUUGGGCAUGAUGCCGAUCGGCUCAGGAGAAUUUUUUGGAUCUCGUGGGCGGGACAUGCCAUGUUGUCCUAUGAAUAUGAUCGGUCGCCUGUGAGCUUUCGGGUAGUGACUUGCCAGCCUGUCCUCCCCAUACGAGGAUCCGUCGCCGAUCAGUUUGUAAAGUUGAUACAGAUCAUUCCGUCUCCCAAUUCUCCGUUCCAGCUUGAAUUGCAGCCCAAAAAUCCUACUGAAGAGCUCUUUGGGCAUUUGAAGGCGCUGCAUGAGCUGCAGAUCAGCCAUCCGUUUCUGGUGGUGACCAAAGCAGACAUCGCAUUCUGCUUCUAUCGACGUCUUUACCAGCUUAAGGCCUGCAUACCGGACGAUAUAAUUAAGCUACUCAUUGAGAGUGGCAAUGGCGCAAUACAGGCGGCACAGCAGCAAGCUAGCCAAGGUCGUCUGUUUUGGAACGUCAUCGGCAGUGUCUUUCAGUACACUUGUAUUCUGCUGGCUCUUGACACACCGGUGGCUUUUGCGCACAUCGGCGCCGCAUUCAAGGGAUUGGAGAGCCUUGUUAAGGCUGCUGAUACAAUACUGACACGUGAGGCGUUGUCUACGGCACGGCAUCUUCUAAGUGUCAGUAUGACAAAGAAACGGAAUGAGCUUGCUCAGCUGGAAGCUGUCGAGGCAAGCUAUGAAUUUUUUCAGACGCCGCUGGCACCUGAGGUUAACACCGCAGUACCGGACAUGGAUUGGAAUUUGGACUGGGAUCAAUUCUUCAUUGAGCCAUAUUUAUCCAUGCUCGGUCCUGACGUUCAGUUAUAG